ACUGCGGUUUCAUUACCUGUUUCAACAUCGGUUUCUGUCUCCUCCAACAAUCCCGAGUCCUGUCUUGUUUCCGUUUCUCCCGAUUCAAAAAAACCCAGCCUCGGCCGAGUGAGCUACCUAACUCAGCUGGCCGGGUUCAACUCGGAGCUAGGUCUUAUAGCCAUUUCUCUCUCCAACAAAGACAGUCGAAGAACAAGAAGAGUUGGACGAUUCCGAGCCAGUCAUGGAAGGAACUGAGGCUGUUGUUGUAGCCGAACCUGACUGUUUAGCUCAAAUGGACAUUGGAACAGAAGCUGCUGAAGUGAAAGACCGUGUUCAAGUUGAAGAAGAUGAGAAAUUGGCGGCUCAACCAGUCGGCGACAAGCUGGAUUCCGUUGAAGGACAAGCUGUUUCUGACCAGACCUACGGUCGUGAGGACAAUGACGAAGCUCACAAUGUUGUUGUUGCUGCUGCUGAUCAAAAUGAGGAGCUUUUAAAGUCUGGGGAUGAUGAAGAUGGUGAAUUUAGGGAUGUCGAGGACAAAUCUGUGGCUGAACCUGUUACCGGAAUGGAUGAAAUUGAACAUGACAAUGAACUCUGUGGAAGCCCCACUGCUGAAGUAAAAGGCAAGCCCGAAGAUGAUGCCGAUGGAGUUGACAAUCAGGAGCUGACCACAUCGAGAGAACUCGAUGACAAAAACCCUAGCCUCUGCUUCGACAACGACGGUUCCGACUUGGAGGAGGAACAAGCGGCUUUCGUGAAAGAGGUUGAAGCAUUUUACAAGGAGAAUAACCUUGAUUUCAAGCACCCUAAGUUUUACAAGGAGGAUUUGAAUUUGCUCAAGUUAUGGAGAGCUGUCAUUAAAUCGGGAGGCUAUGAACAGGUGACCUCAAGCAAAUUGUGGAGGCAGGUGGGAGAAUCUUUUAAUCCCCCAAAGACCUGUACUACUGUGUCUUGGACAUUCCGUAUCUUUUAUGAGAAGGCACUGCUUGAGUAUGAAAAGCAUAAAAUGCAUGGUGCUGUACUCCCUCAUUCUGUUCCUUCCCUCGUAGAGCCUAUCACAGUUGUUAGUCCGCCGCUUGAUAGUACUCAAGCUCCUGGGUCCGGUAGAGCGAAGAGGGAUGCUGCUGCUCGUGCUAUGCAGAGCUGGCAUUCUCAGCGUGUUUUUGAUAAUGGCGAGGACAAAAGCUUGAGUCCGACACCCAAAAGUGACAGACAACCUAAAAAUUCUGUCUCAGGUUCAUUAAAGCGCAAAAAGCCAUCAACUAUGGAGCAUGGUGUCCGAGCUAUUCCAUUUAAACCGAAAAAAUUACGGUCGGAUACUAUGGUUGUCGAUAUUGGAGCCCCGGCUGAUUGGGUAAAGAUUAACGUGCAAAAAACCACCGACUGCUAUGAGGUAUUCGCUUUGAUUCCCGGGUUUCUUCUUGAAGAGCUCAUGAAGGAAGGUUGUUCAAAUAGUUACUGUUCAUGUAGUUCAUGGAGGAAGGCUGUUCGAAUAGUUAAGACUGUUCAUGUAGUUCAUGAAGGAAGGCUGUUCAAAUAGUUAAGACUGUUCAUGUAGCUCACGAAGGCUGUUCGGGUGCUCAAGCGACUUAUUCCCCUUCAUGUAGCUCAUGAAGCUAGACUGAUCGAAUAGUUAAGACUGUUCCUGUAGCUCAUAAACUUUACUAGGAAAUUUGUUCGGGUGCUCAAGCGACUUAUUUCCAGUUCAUGUUGCUCGUGGAGGCUGUUUGGGCGCACACAAGCGACUUACUUCUGGUUCAUGUGCUAAGUCUGCACGAGUCUAGCCGUUAUAAACGCUACACGAUUCUUUCAGUGAAUUUCUGAGAGAGGUUCAUUGCAACUAACUAAUUAAGAUUAACCACCGCAUCUGUU